AUAGAAAUACAAUUAAUUUUUGUGUAUUAAUCUUGUAUCUCACUUUGCUGAACUUUAUUAGCUCUAAUAGUUUUAUUAGCUCAAAUAGUUUUGCGUGUGAAUUAAUUUUUUCUAUAUAUAAGAUCACGUCAUCUGUGAAUAGAGAGAAUUGAAAGUUUAAACUUUUUAAGACACUGUUUCCCAAAGUGGUGGUACCAUUUGACAUUCCCGCCAGCAGUAUCUGAGAGCUCCAGUUCCUCCACAUCCUUCGUCACACUUAGUAUGAGCCACACAAUACCCCAUCAUUGACUUACGGGAAAAUGGACAGUCAGAAAAGUUAAGUGACUUGCCCAGGGACCCCAAACCACCUUAUCAGUCUGCUCAGGUCUCACUAAGUCUGUACCCCUAAACCCUCAUUUCCCACUCACAGAAGAGGAAACUGAGACCCCAAGAGGUCACCCCUGGGAGUGACUCUCCAGUCUGCAAGAGCUGGGUCUGUUUUGUAGCCUGGCCCAAGCCAGAGGGACCAGGGACCUCCCCUAGGGUUCUGCCUCCUUCCUUUGCUCUCCUCCCACCCUGACACUGCCCUGGGCAUCAUCUUCCCCCAAACUUCCCAGUCCAGGGAGGCUGGGAGUCUUCUCUGUGACAUCAUAGAGCUGGUUGCCAAGGGAGACCUGCAGACCCACCCCCUAGGCAGGGCAGAGCAGAGCCCUCCUGCACCAGAGGCCCAGCAGCUCCUCCCCGACCACGCUGGCCCUCCAUGGAAGCCUUGGUCUGUGCGUUCUCUGAGCUGCGCAUAAGAGAAGAUGCAGUGAGCUGGGCCCAAGGACACCCCAGCCACCCCAACACACCACCCAACAUCUAUGAGGGGGGGCUGGGGCAGCAGCAGUGCCCCAGUGCCCAGGGAAGCAAGCCCAAGAACUUCCGGCUGCGCCACCUCCGGGGCCUGGCUCUCUAUCUACCGGGUCACAUGCAGCUCGCCAGCCAGUGUGAGAGCCACUGGCUGAGCCGGCUCAUGGCUGGGGGCUGCCUCCCACGGCCGGAAGGCAUGGCUUGGCCUUUGGGCCUGCCACAGGGGACUCUGGGCCCAGGUAACAGCCACUGCUCAGCCCUUCUGGAAGCUCAACUGUCAAGGGACAGCCCAGGAAAUACAGCUUCCAGUUCCAGCAUGGACCCAGCCAAGGGUGCUUCCUCCCUGCCCAGUCCCCCAGAAGGCUUGGGGCUCAGGCCCAAGAGGUCCUGGGGGGCCUCAGAGGAGUCUACAUGUCCACUGUGCAAGAGAACCCGCUCUGGGGCUCUGGAGAGGCCAUAGGGAUCUGAGUGCCAGGGCUGGUUCUCCUAGCUCGGGACAAGAGGGGAAAGGAUGGCCCAGGAGGAUGGGGUGGAGGUCCAGACAGGAAGGGCUGAGCCCCCACCAGUGGCCCCCCAACAGCGAGACACCCUGGCCGCUGCCCAGCACCAGAGCCUGGGCCAGCCUGGGGAAAACUCGAGGGGGGAGGGAGAUGGAGGUCCGGCGGGAGGGACAGAAAAAAUAGAAGCCUGGAUGUGCCCUUGCAACCUGCUCCAACUCCAGUCGGUCACUUGUACCUGGGAGGCCGGGCUGAGUGGAGAGUUGGGCCAGGGAGCCCACAGGUCUAAUCUCAAUAAAAGCCAAGGCCUAUA